AUGCCUCUCCCCUUCCGACCAUCCUCACCAACCACAUCACCAAGUACAACCUUACCACCACCUCCAAAUAUGCCCAAAAGCCCUGGCCUACUUCCUCAUAAGACCUUGCCAGCCUACCCGAUGAUCCCCCAGCCUACUCAUCAACUCGCUACCACCUCUUCUAGGCCGCCCAAACGCCAUCCGCGGACAGGAACCCCAUCAAACAUCUCCUUGCCUACUACUCUAGCAACCUGCUCCUUACGCUACUCAAUUGAACGGGGCCUUGUCCCCAUCUUACCAGCAGAUAGCGCGAAAGCAUUGAGAAGCCCACUGCUUACGUCUCGCGCUGACCCGACCACUCGCAAACGCACCCUCCAACCGAUCUUGACACGUCAAACUUUCUGGAACCCAACACCGCCAAUCUCAAACUGCUCGCCGCCCAGCGCCUGUACCCACCUUUCUACCUUGCCCCAACCUCAAUCAGCACAACUGGCAUGUGCCCUGCCCCGUUCACAGCACUCGGCCUCCUGUAGCUCCCUGCCACGCUCGCCCUUCUCCUCCCCAUUGGCCCCAAGCGUGUUUUCAGCCUCUCCUGCAGCCCAAAGCACAAAGCCAGGACUGCACUUGGCUGCAUCAUCUGCCUCCCUUGCUAGCACCCAUCCCGACCCUCCUAUUUCCUUGAAUUCAUCUUUGCCAACCUCCUCACUCCGCGAACCAUCCCAUGUGCCCUCCAUCUCUGCCCCUCCCCAAUCGUCUAUAAUCUCUCUCUCAGGACGCUCGGACUUUAGCAAGUACCCCUGCUCUUCCACAGAUUCAACCAUCCCCACCAUGACGACCAUGACACACUCCUCGCCUUCGAAGACCUCCUGCUCUAGCCACCAGCACAGUUGUCCUGCUUCCCUGGGAUCAUUGGUGCUGACCCGCACUCACUCGAGUCCCUCCCUACCCUCGCCGACUUCUCUGAACCCAUCCAGCUCCCCACUGCACCACGCGCCUCCCCCUCCCCGUCCUUCCUGCCCAGACCGCCUCCCUUCUCUCAAACUAUGA